AUGAUAACAGACUAUCUCUUCGUGUUUGCCCAGAAGCACGACGAGUUCCGGGUACCCGAGGUGUUGUCUGUCGCUGAGCUCUAUGACAUCAAGAUCGCUUUCUAUGGGAUACCCGCAGAGCUCGAUGUCUCUCGCCCGUUCAUGGUCCUAGGUCUCGAGAGCGAGGAGGACGCGAAGAAGCUGGCGAGGAAAUGUAUUCUCAUAAAGUCCGUCCACGAAUUCUACGGCCGUGGCAAAACGUACGAAGACCUUUUUGCACAGACGCAGCAGAAUGGGCACCGCUGGGCAAAAUAUGUCCAAGAAACAUCGUUCAAGUUCAAGGUCGAAGCAUACAACCACUCAAUUCCCCAGUACCGCCAGAAGGAAGUGGUCGAGAGUUUUGCGUGGAUGGACUUUCUUGGUGAGAUUAAUAUGCGGAACCCAGAGAUAACGUUGUGUGUAUUUGAGGAAUGUGAAGACCCAGAUAAGCACGGUACGACACGCCACAAGCACGAAGGCGACGGCAGUUUCGUCGAAAUCUUCUUCGGCAGGUUGAUAGAAGAAGGCUCGGCCCGGAAACUUGUGCAGACGUUUGACGUGAAGAAACGAACGUACUAUGGCAAUACCAGCAUGGAGGCCGAGAUAUCGCUUCUAAUGGCCAAUCAGACCCUGGCCUCCCCCGGGAAGUUAGUAUACGAUCCCUUCAUCGGCACAGGCAGUAUGGCCUACACCUCUGCAUACUUUGGGGCGUAUGUCUACGGUUCAGAUAUUGACGGAAGACAAAUGCGCGGUAAAGACAAGACACCAGGCAUUAUGCGAGCCGCUGCACAGUACGGUGUGCAGCAGCGUAUUAUAGACUUGUGCACCUUUGACGUGACAAGGAAUCCUUGGAGAUGUGGCGAGCUCUUUGACGCGAUUGUAACUGACCCUCCAUAUGGUGUGCGGGCUGGCGCGAAGCGCCUCGGACGCAAGAAUCCUUUGACGCGCCCUUCACAACAGUAUGCUACAAACAGGCAGGACGAUCAACCAUAUAUCCCGCCAACAAAACCCUACGAGCUUUCUGCAUUGGCAACAGACCUCGUUCUUCUUGCACGUCACAUGCUGAAGCCUGGCGGACGGCUUGUGUUCUUCCUGCCCACCGUCACAGACGAGUACGCAGAGCUUGAUCUUCAAACUUUGCUGUGCGUCGGUAUGGAAGUCAUUGCGAAUUCGUUGCAAGAUUUCGGGUCGUGGGGUCGCCGACUAAUCACCAUCAAGAAGACAACGUCAGACAAAUUCCCUCCGCCAACAUUCGACACGAUGCCGUUUAUUGCCGCGACCGAGACUUCGGCACAUAUUCCCGCUACCGAGACUUCGGCACAUAUUCCCGCUACCGAGACUUCAGCACAUAUUCCCGCUCACAAGGACUUCCGAGAGAAGUACUUCCAGGGCUUCAAAAAGGGAGAGAUGACCGACAUACUGCACGUUGCCGGUAAACACUCGCCAGACGUACUACGUUCCUGA